CGUUGUUCGAGUCCUGCCGCUGCUGCUGCUGCUGCGGCCCGACACAAGGAGACCAACGGCCCACCGGACGGCCUGGUGUGAUGAGCGGCCCGUCAGGGGCUCUGCAGAUGCAGGCCCUGGGCCCCCGCUUCCGGGCGGCGGGGCCACCCGGUAAGGUGCCCGGCAGGAAGAGGGGGCGUCCCCCGACCCGCAAGCUGCACAUCCAGAGUUCGUACUACACCGAGCCCGUGUGUGUGGCCCCCAGCGUGCCCAAGAAGAGAGGCAGGAAGCCCGGCUUUAAGCUGAAGUCCAGGAUGGUAACAUCACCGUUAGCUACUUCACCUCCCAGAUGCACACCAGAACCAGAACUUGGAUCUUUACCCCAGGAUGCGGCCAUCGUCCCCUGCUCUGCAUCGCCACACGCCCUCACAGCAGAAACAUCGGUGCCUGACGACUUCGUGUUCGAGCCCUCCACGGACUCCAAGCGCUACAAUUCGGUCUUCGGAGUGAUGACGUCGCACUACAACCGGAAACACGGGUACGGUUACCGGGGCAACAGCAGCGGCUGCCCCACACCGAGGAUGGCCACAUGCAGACCGGAUACCAGUUCCGGAAGCUUCCCGGAGGCCAACAAGAAUGUUUCUAGCGCGGUGGCGAUGGAGCCGGGAGAGUGCAGGCGUCCCACAGGGAAAGACCCGUCAAGCUGGGGUGUGGACGAGGUGGUGUGCUUCAUCAAGGACGCUGACCCUCAAGCUCUGGGACCUCACGCGGAAACCUUCAGGAAACACGAAAUAGAUGGCGACGCCCUCCUGCUUCUGAAAAGUGAGAUGAUGAUGAAGUAUCUAGGACUGAAACUGGGCCCCGCGCUCAAGCUGUGCUACCAUAUCGACAGGUUGAAACAGAAUCGCUUGUGACUGUGCUGCCGGGGUCCAAACGUCCCACGGCUGCAGCAAGCAACGCUGGAAAACUGGUGCUUACAUGUUUGGUACCCCAUCAGAUCCAGAUUUAGCUGUGCUGAACAGCUAGGGAUUGAAAAACACUUAUUUGGUGCUUAAACUGUACCUCAAUAUCAAUUUAUUUAACCACUAAAGGACAGUCCUGCUGCUGUAGUAUUAUCGUGUGAAUGCUGAACAGAUUCUUCAAAAAUUAUUUUACCACCCCAUUUAGAUUAUUCUGACGUUCACUUUUUUGACAUUCCUAAACUUCCACUUCCAAAAAACUGACCUGGAGUUUUACAUUCUACAUUUCAGUUUCACUUCUGCAGUUUCCAGUUAAUUCUCUUCAGUGUUCACACACAAUUUCUACAGAAAUCUUAAGCUCGUGAUUUUCAUUAUGUUAGUGGAAAGCAGCAUGUAGCCAAAUUCUUCCUCUUCACUGCCUUACAACAUUUGACUUUCAUUUCACUGUACAAUAUUAUGACUACAUGUCUCAAACAAUAUAACUUUUCCCAUGUAUUUUUCGUAUGUUAACUUAUUUCACGGAAUGGAGGCAAUGCUUGUAAAGGCAAUGAAAAACC